AUAUUAAAAUGUUAGGGUUAGUUAUAUUUCUGCAUUUCUUCCCCUUCGCCUUCGGCUCUCCCUUGCUGUUUCAGUCUCUCCUUCGAAGAACAGUCUCUCUCAGCCUCUCGGUCUCUCAAUCUGCUUCUUCUGUCACUUCUCCUCGGCUUCUUGUUCUGAUUUGUCUGUUCCUCUUCGUCUGGUUCUUCAUUGACUGAUGUCUGCUGCGUCUUCUUCUGCGUUGAUAAUAUGAAUCGGUCCUGUCCGGGCCAUUAUUGGGUGGCUGAUCCACACGGUUCGUGCUCCAACCAGCCAGGCCACCGAGGAAGAGUUGCCUCCCCUGUUCGUUUCGGUCUCUUGUACUGAUGGAACUGGCAGUGAUGGACCCCUAUGCGGCCAGUGCUGGGCCAAUUGAUAGUUCAGUACUCCAUGAUCAGGAGAAACAUGUUUCAUCAGCAGUUUGGGAAGGGCAGGAGCGUGGUGCACUUCGGUGUCACGAACACACUUCAAAGCUUGAUCAGUGGACGCUUACAGCAAAACAGAUUGAGUUGGUAGAGAAGGCUGGAUUUGGCUACUUGAGAUUGAUUCCAGCAGUUAGUCUAGACAACCCACUAAUCUCUGCACUAGUUGAGAGGUGGAGGAGAGAAACCAAUACCUUUCACUUGAAUGUCGGAGAAAUGACAGUAACCCUUAAAGAUGUUGCGCUCUUGCUUGGCCUUGCAAUUGAUGGAGAACCUGUAAUAGGCAUAACACAUACCACAUGCAGCUCGGUUUGUGAGAAGUACCUUGGGAGAGCUCCAGAGUCCAUUUACACGAGUGGUGGAAUGGUGAAACUAAGUUGGUUGAAAGAGUUCUUUUCUCGAUGUCCUGAAGAUGCGCCAAUUGAAGUGAUUGAACAGCAUACACGUGCUUACCUUCUGUAUCUCGUAGGCAGCACAAUAUUUUCCACCACAACUGGGAAUAAAGUCCCUGUCAUGUAUCUUCAAUUGUUUGAGAAUUUUGAUCACUGUGGAAAUUAUGCAUGGGGAGCAGCAGCAUUGGGAUUCCUGUACAGGGCCCUUGGGAAUGCCUCUCUUAGAUCUCAAAGUACCAUCAGUGGCUGUUUGACACUACUACAGUGUUGGAGCUACUUCCACCUGAAUGUUGGGCGACCAAAGCUCAAUCACGAUCCGAUGCAUGAUUGCUUUCCAUUUGUACUUAGGUGGAAAGGAAAACAGACUGGCCCAACCGCAAACCGUGAUGUAGUUUUUUACCGUAAGGCCUUGGAUUCCUUAAAACCUUGUGAUGUGGAGUGGCUUCCUUACAGAAAUAUGGAUAGUAUGGUAAUUCCUGAAGAUAUUAAAAGUACCCUAAUUCUUGGGAGGUCCAAGACAAUGUUGAUAUGCUUUGACAAGGCAGAAAGACAUCUCCCAAAUCGAUGUCUAAGGCAAUAUGGCAUGCAUCAAUCAAUCCCGGAGGAUGUGCAGCGAUGGGAGAGAAAGAGUCGUGGUGUUGAUGGUGGGGUUGACUUGUCAGGGAAAAUGGAAUCAGAGCUUAACGAAUGGUUGGACCGAAGACUCCAUAUUGUGGAAGGUGAUGAUGUUGCAGAUGAGAGCAGGUACAUGCAGUGGUAUCUGAGAAUUACUCGUAAAUUUGUAGGGAGACCUAUUUCUCUUUCAUCCGAGUUCCAAAGAACAAAUGCUGGUUUGAGGGAUAUUGCACACAUAGCAGAUACAUUCUCGACAAAAGGUUUGGAUCCCCAACAAAUUGAAUCAAUUUCGAAGAUCAGGUAUAUUGCACAUGAGUGUCUUAGGGACCAAGUUGGAGGUCCAGUCAUGGUUUCAGUAAGCCCGGAAACUGAACUUGGGAAAAGGGUAAGAGGAAAGGAGAGGGUAAGAAGGAAGGCUAGUGGAAAACGGUUCCGGAAGGACGAUCAAGUGCAGUACAAUGAAGCUAGCGAUGAUGAUCAAUCUCAAUUUGGUGGUGCUGGCAUUGUAGGUGAUCAACUACAAUUUCACCAUGCCAGUAGAGAGGUGGAUCAUUUGCAGAUAUGUCCUACUAUGCAUAGCGAAGACAUCCCUUUGCAGAUAAUUCAUGCUGCAGAUGAGGGUGAGAAUGCACAGCUUUGCAAUGCAGAUACUGAGGUUCAACAUUUAGAGUUAACUCAUACAGCUGGCAAGGAAGAAAAUGCAGAGAUGGGACAUGCAGUUGGUGAGGAAGAAAAUACAGAGCUAAGCCAUGGAGCUGGUAAGGAAGAGAAAGCAGAGAUAAACCAUGCAGCUGAUAAGGUUGAUGACAAGAAGCUUCCCAAAAUGCCCAAGGAGGUUGAUGAUUCACAGCAUGCAUCGAAGGGGGCAAAUGGCUCUCAGCUUUCAGAUGCUAUUAAUGAGAUUGUUGAUUCACAAGUUCCUGAUAUAACUAACCAGGUUAUUGAAGAACAGUAUUCUGUUUCGACCCAUGAGGUAGGUGAUGCAACAGAUGAGGUUAUUGAAUCACAGCAUUCUUUUGCAACUAAUGAGGUUGGUGAUCCGACUAAGGAGGUUAUAGAACCAGGGCUUCCAGUUGCAACGAAUGAGGUAAAUGAUUCGCAGCUUUUGCAUGAUAGUCGUGAGAAUGAUCCACAUACUGCUAAAGAAGCAUUAGAUGUUAUUCCACCGUCAUCUCUCGAAACUUGUGAUGAUAUUGCACAGAAGGGUACUUGUAGCGUUGUAGUAUAAAAUUAUGAACUUUACCAUCAUGUGAUUUUGUAGAGGUAUUUAUGUCUCAAUUACUCCAAUAGGUAUCUUAUUAUAUAAUGUGCUCAUAAAAAUACUCUCGUAACUUGGGGCACUAUUGCCUUCUCAUCAAUCUAAGAUUCCAAAUUUUAUCAUGA